GUCCCGCAGACAGAGCCACAGCCGCAGUCGCCUUCUCAGACUCGCCGUAGUCGGGUUCCGCCGCCGCUACCAUGCCCCGCGGAAGCCGCAGCGCGGCCGCCCGGCCCGCCAGCCGCACCGCUGCACCCUCCGCCCACCCGCCAGCUCACCCACCGCCCUCGGCUGCGGCUCCAGCCCCUGUCCCGGGGAGCCAGCCGGGUCUCAUGGCGCAGAUGGCGUCCACGGCCGCGGGGGUAGCCGUGGGCUCGGCUGUGGGACACGUCGUGGGCAGCGCCCUGACUGGAGCCUUCAGCGGGGGGAGCUCAGAACCAGCUCAAUCAGCCCCUCAGCAGGUCCCAGCCCGUGCUGGCCCCCAGCCCCUGGGGCCCUGCGCUUAUGAGAUCAGGCAAUUCCUGGACUGUUCAACCACUCAGAGAGACCUGUCCCUGUGUGAGGGCUUCAGUGAGGCCCUGAAGCAGUGCAAGUACAACCACGGUCUGAGCUCCCUGCCCUGAAGAGGAAGUGCAGACUCAUGGGCCAGCCCUGCACCUACCUGCACCCCCCUCACCGACAGCUGGACCACAACAUCAGAUUGUACCCAUGCAGAUGGGAUUGGGAGUGGAAGAGUUUUCUCACACCAUAGAUGACCCGAGACAAAAGCGUGCAAUUAAAAGAAUUUAUUUUAGACUGGAGCUUGAUA